AUGAUGACUGACUCGUGCGCUACUGGAAUACACGCUCACCGUGAUGAAAGCAAGCCCGAAUUUUUUAAGGCUGGAAAACGACACCGAAAAAAUGGAAUAUUCACACACAACACCCACGCUCAAGAAGACGAAGUUGGAGAGAAUCUGUCGAGUUACUGUGGUGGAACCCUCCCUCAGCACCAAAAGUUGGCUCCAGGAUGGUACAAUCUGUCCAAAGAGGAAAUGGCCCUAUUAGAAAUCGACAUUUUCAAACCGUUGGAUUUAAUGGAUAUUUUAUUGAAGAGAAUCAAAGAAGACGACAACGGAAGGGUGAUAUCCAAUAUGAACGAACUGUGGAAGUAG